AUGAAAUUCUUGUUUGUAUUUGUAUUUUCUGUUUCUUUUUAUAAAUCAUGUGCACAAAAUGUUUAUGAGCAAGUUGAAGCAGUGUUAGAGCGCACUGCGGAACUGCCUUGCAAUGUAAGUGCGGAAAAUGAAAAUGACAAACUGAUUGUCCUUGCCUGGUAUAAAGAUGGAGAGUCGACUGCAUUCUACAGCAGUCGAGACCUGCGCGUGGGCAACGGCACUGUUUCGUCAGCGGACAAGCGGUACCGACUCGUCAACUCCGGGGAUGUGGACCAAGUUAUUCUGCAAAUCCUUGAUACUCGAACAUCGGAUGCAGGUCGAUACAUGUGCCACGCUGACUUCGCAUCCAGUCCUGCACUUAAGACUUACAUUGAACUCGCGGUCAUAGAGCCACCGAAACAACUUUGGGUGAUCUAUGAAAAUGGAAGCCGCGUGGCAACCUCGCGGGCGGGCGCCAAUACCAGCAGAAACAUCGGCCCAUUUUAUGUUGGCGACACUAUACAGUUAUAUUGUGUUGCGUACAAGGGCAAACCGCAGCCAUCUGUUUUCUGGUGGUCCAAGAAGCGUAUACUGAAAAUCAAGGACGCGCUGACGCCGCUAUCAGAGGAGCGCAUGCGCAGCGACCUCACAUACGGGCCCUUGGAGCGUGAAGACCACGGCCACGUGCUCACCUGCUUCGCCAAAAACAACGACCACACUACACCGCUAUAUAUCGAUGUUGUCAUCAAUAUGUUCUUGCCGCCAGCACUGGUAGCUCUACGCGACCCUGAAGGAAAGGAUUUCAAUGGUGGCCGAGUAGCGGCAGGUGACACCUUAGCGCUGCAGUGUCGAGUUAUUGACGCCCGCCCCUCUCCUACGAUCGUAUGGAGACUGAAUGAAGAAGUCAUUCAACUGGAACAGAAUGUCACGAUGGACACGGGUCAGCGGCUAGUAGUGAGCGACGUGCAAUUGAACGUCAAGCGAGAACACGACGAGUCGCGAGUAACUUGUUGCGCGCCGGCCUAUAGCCGGACUGAAAAUCGGCUUGUGUGCGCCACACCGCUCGCGCUGCUAGUCUCGUACAAGCCUGUUUUACAAAUAGUGGUCACAGAAGAAUUAGACAACAACGUUCUGUAUGCCGCAAAAGGCGCAACUGUAGUCCUAAAAUGUGUCUUCGAUGCGAACCCGGCUCCGUACUUAAUCACAUGGUUUCACGAGGAAAAUGAAGUAUUUCGAGAAGACAGUCUUCCUCUGAAAGGUUUAUUGGUGUUAGAGAACAUAACAGUGGUAGAACAAGGGGAAUACGCAUGCGCUGCGGACAACGACGUGGGCUACGACUACAGCGAGCCUCUUGUUAUCAACGUAACUUACCCUGCUUAUUGUAAGCGCGAAGAUAUAGUCCAAUACGGGAUCCGCGAAGAGGAGAGUGUGAACAUAACCUGCGAAGUGGACGCCAAUCCACCGCCCUCGUCGUACCGCUGGGUGGUCGUUAAGGACGCUGUUAACGCCAGCACACUACGGAACCACUCGCAGAUCACAAUGGACACUGAGGAACCGGUACUGGUGUACCAGAGGCCAAAUGACACCAUGUAUAGUACAAUUUUCUGUUGGGGCAUCAACAACGUGUCCAGUAGCGGGCAAUCGCACACGCCGUGCGUGUCGCUGGUGAGCGACGAAACGCCGCCGUGGCCGCCCACCGGCUGCAUCGCGCUCAAGAACUCUGUAGAAGACAUCGAAAUUAACUGCGAAAAGGGCCAUGAUGGCGGAUCACCACAGAAAUUCCUUUGCAUCGUGAGAUCGAUAUCAGCGCCCGAAAUUAUAUUCACGUCAAUAACCAGAUCGGAACCUACGUUCGUCGUGAAUGAGCCCAACGAAGAAGGAUACGAAAUUAUAAUCAUAGCUGCCAACGACAAGGGAAAUAGCACUUUAGUGGAAAUUAGUAAAAGCGAAGUUAUAAAAAUACCAGUUGAGGAGAUAAUUCCGAGUGCGGUGGAGGACAUAACGACGUUAACCCUGGCGCUAUGCGGCGGCGUGGCGCUGGUGGCGCUGGCGGCGUGCGGGCUGGUGUUAUGCGCGCGCGAGCGAGCCGAGCGAGCGGACCUCCCGCGCGAGCGGCCGGACCCGCCGCUCUGCGCUUAUAACACCGAAGAAUCAAAUUGCGAGACUUAUCACGACAGUGACGACAGCGAAUGCAAUGUUCGCCGCACGGAGUCGUUUCGUAGAGCGAUGGCCAAAUAUCCUUCCAAAAAUUUCGACGUCCGAAGAACCAGCUCAUUCCACUCGGCGCGGUACAUGAACGAAAUGGCGGAGCAAGAAGCCGCUAGCAAGUUUAAUGAAGGACUACGACAUAGCGCAAGCUGCAGAAUGCAUUCUCUACAAAACAUUAGCAGAAAACGAGAUAUGGAUGCCCUGUGUGAUCAUUUAGUAAUGCAUUUGCCGCCAGAGACGAAUUAUCCAGCUCCUAGACCUAUAAACACAUUCUACACAAUGCCUAGGAAAAUGCGCAAUAAGCUCGCCAAAGAGCUGAGCGAUGAAACGUCAGAAAUCACUCAAGCGUCGGACCAAUUUUCGUUGCCGCCUCCUCCCGACGAGUACGGCACAUACCGCGCGGGCACCAGAAUACGAGACGUACCCCCGAAAGCAACUCCUACCUACACAACAAUUGUCAGAAAAAUCUCUCCGAAAGAACAGCAGAAACAGCAAUACAAUAACGUUAUAAUAUCACCGAUGAAUACAGUUGGUUUGCCCACUAUAAGUGGUCAGCAAAGCGUUUACAGCUACCCCGAUGACCAUCAAAAUCAACACGCACUCCAGGCGACACCCGCAACAUUAACAACUUUUCAAAACUAUUCUAGUCCUAAGGAAUCUGGAUUAUAAGAACGAUGACUGGAUCAUAUUUAAUGUUCUAUAAUUCUAUUUCUAUGUUAAGCACUAGAUCUCAUAAGCAUUAAGGAAUCGCAUGAAUCAUAAACUUU